ACUUGAUUUACAAUCGUUCAUGACAUCCACCUCGUUUUAGAAGCGACUAGGUCCCUGACCAAUUACAUACCUACCUACGUAGUAUUUAUUCUUUUACAUCAUGACAGGCUCAAACACUACAACCUACAAUGGUGCCACUCCGCCCAAGCCGCAACAUUACUUCUCCCGAAAUCCACCAACUCAUGACCCCACAAAUGAUCAAAACCUACGAGCUUAUCGUUUGGAUAAAUUUAUCAAUGGACCUAACAGCGUUCCUACUGCCCACGUUCGACCUACUCACUCCGGGGCUGCCAGUCACGACUCGACAGGAUACCAGGCUGGGAAUAAUGGUAAACCAUAGUUUUGUACGCGGCCAUUGACGGGCCGUGGUUGCGAGUAAGGAAACUCGUCGGUGACGCUGGAAGUGAAUUCGAUAUCACAACCAAUGAUCGAAGAUCGGUCUACCCCUUUUGUCGACCCCGCAUUUUCGAUCCCCGAUCUAAAUCUACCAUUGGAACCGUAGAUUUUCUAGGCAACACAUCGAUGGCGUGAACUUGGCGGAAUGAGUUCAAUGGGUAGGUUGGAAUAACGAUUAAAAAUAAUGGGAAUCAGGGUCUCACGGAAUGGUGUAAUUAAAGAAUUAAAGUUAUGCGGGGUCUCCGCAAUGCAGGACCACGCGGACCGCUCCUCUUCUUUAGGUUAUUUUUGAAGACCUUGGUAUCACAUCUAAUUUUUCAACGUCUUAGGGUUUAAGCCCAUUCACUUUAUGAUUCAAUUCAAUUUUCUUAAAAGAACAGAAUUUAGUGUCUUUAUUCAAGCUAACGAG